AUGCAUGCAUUAAGGAAGCAUAGAAAACAACUCCACCGAAUUUUUAGUUCAGAAAAUCAGUUGACAGCAUCAGAGUUCAAGGAUUUAACUGAACGGAUUGAUGAACUUUCCAGGAGAAAAUUUAUAUAUUUCAACCUUUGCCUCAAUGAGGUAAUCGUUAAAAAUGGUGAGGAGUACAAGGAGAUAACUGAACUGAUUGAUGGGCUUCGUACAAGAGCUCUGCUCCUCCGCAGACAAUUUAUCUAUUUCAAUCUCUAUCCCAAUAAGGUAAUCGUUGAAAAUGGUGCGGAGUAUGAGACACUCCAUUGUUUCAUUCGACGUUUUAGCCUGUCAGUGGCCGAGUUGGAGGAGUAUAGGCAGGAUUUUGAACAUCGGUAUCACGAACAAAAUUCAUCUUAA